UGUCAUAGCUUUCGCAAUUACUGAUAAAUUACCAACCAACUUUAAAUUCAAAAUUCACCAAUUGUAAAGUAAAUUUUUGUAAUCAAAAUUCACAAGUAUUGAAAUGACGGCCAAAGUGACACCUCCGAAGACCAAGCAGAAGACAGACAAACCAAAAGAGAAGAAGAAGAAGAAGACUAGGUACAGGUUGAAGUUGAAAGGAUGGCUGAAGACCCCCGCGGAUUGGGAGCGGUUCAAUGCUUGGGCCAAAAUUAAUUCAUUGCCGAGAAAAAUACCUGAGCCAGAACCUGUGGUUUGUGCUCUCAUUUUCCCGCAGGCUACUCCUUGGAUGAACUUCCUAUCACUUCCUUCUUACCGCUUCCUGAGAUUGAGGAAAGAUGACGACGCGAAGAAAUUUAAAGAGCUCUACCUCAGUGAAAUAGAAACUCGAGGGAAGCAGGCCCUCGAGGAGCAAUUCCAACGAGCAGAAAAACUCCGAAAAUUGGAGGAAGAAGCAGCAGCCAAUCGUGAACAGGAAGAAACUCCAGUUGAGCCACAACCCGAAGCAUCAGCACCAGAACCCGAAGCAUCAGCACCAGAACCCGAAGCAUCAGCACCAGAACCUGAAGCACCAGCACCAGAAAUCGAAGAACAGACGCAAGAAGAUGGCGCUGAAGCUCUAGAAGUCGACGGAGAAGCUGAAGUGGUGAACAACAAUGCAGAAGUGAAAGAAAUGGUGGAGCAAGCACCUGAACCCGUUCCAGAAGCUCCUAAGAUAGAAGAAGAAAAAGAAAAGCUAGACACCCAGAAAAUAGCUAAACCGAAGACAGAGGCUAGACCAAAACAGACGAGAUUCAUCCCAAGACCAACUCCACUAGCUGACGAUGAAGAGUCCAGGAAAAAACGAGCGAAGAGAAACGCCUGGAGGUUCGAGCCUCCACCCUGGAAAGAUGGAGAUCCUCUGAAGGUUAAGGAAUCAGCCCUGAAUUACUCCGGGUCUCCACGAAUGACGGAACUUGCGAAACCUCAUGUCCACAAGGACACGGUCACUCGGAAGAAACCCUUUGACGUGAAGAAAUCCGCUCUGACGAGUCCUGUUUCUGCGCGGGUCACAGAACUCGCUAAACCAAGUAAUCCUCGAGAGCCUGUUGAAAAACGACCGCCAAGAAAACUCAAUAAAUAUCGCCAGCCGAUAAUUCCUAUACCACCUUAUGGGAAGAGACUACCCCGCGUACCUCGAUAUAAAGAGAAAGAAUGUAAAACCGCUGAUGACGAAAUUCCGGAGGAAGCUGAGGUAAAAAAUAAAGAGAAGAUCGAAACUCCUGAUCCGAUUGCUUUCGAACCCACCGUCGAUCCUUAUUUCGAUCCUGAAGGGGCUCAACGGCAAUUGAACGCUAGAAAUGCUAUCAAAAAUCAAAAAGAAGAAUGAAAAACGAUAAUUCAACGCUAUGAUUUUUGUUGAUCGAUGAAAUAUAUUCGAUUCUGAAAAAAAUUGUUCCACCGCAACAUCAAGCCCAAAAACGGGUUCUGAAGACGUGACCUCGGGAGCCCGGUUGUCCCAUCGGCAGGGUGUGUGUCGAUCUACUCAAUAACAAUAACAAACCCGUGAAUUCAUUCGAGUUAACGAGCCGACAAGUUAACGAGUAACAAUGAUGGGACUAGAAUAUAAGAUGGAAAAUCCGACGAAGCCAUGGAG